AGGAGAGAUGGAGAGUGAGGGAGGAAUGGAAGGAGAAAGGGAGGGGAGGGGAGGAUGGAGAAAGAGGAGAGAGCUUGUCGGCUGUGUUUUGAUGUUUUGUAGUAAAUGAGCUCACGGUACGGUGUACCCUAAGACUGAAAUCACACAACACACUACACACACACACACAAAACAAACAGGUCAGCUAGCUGUGUUGUUUUAGAUCAAAUUAAUGUUACAUUUCUUCUAGGAUUUGUGUUAUGAAAUCUUCUGAGUUGUUCAAAUGACUGUUUAUGUUUCCCUACCUAGAUAGUAGUGGUCCAGAACAGACUCAUCUAGAUAGUACUGGACCAGAACAGACUCAUCUAGGUAAUAGUGGACCAGAACAGACUCAUCUAGGUAAUAGUGGACCAGAACAGACUCAUCUAGGUAAUAGUGGACCAGAACAGACUCAUCUAGGUAAUAGUGGACCAGAACAGACUCAUCUAGAGAGUAGUGGACCAGAACAGACUCAUCUAGGUAAUAGUGGACCAGAACAGACUCAUCUAGAGAGGAGUGGACCAGAACAGACUCAUCUAGGUAAUAGUGGACCAGAACAGACUCCUCUAGGUAAUAGUGGACCAGAACAGACUCAUCUAGAGAGUAGUGGACCAGAACAGACUCAUCUAGGUAAUAGUGGACCAGAACAGACUCAUCUAGGUAAUAGUGGACCAGAACAGACUCAUCUAGAGAGGAGUGGACCAGAACAGACUCAUCUAGAGAGGAGUGGACCAGAACAGACUCAUCUAGAGAGGAGUGGACCAGAACAGACUCAUCUAGAGAGGAGUGGACCAGAACAGACUCAUCUAGAGAGGAGUGGACCAGAACAGACUCAUCUAGAGAGGAGUGGACCAGAACAGACUCAUCUAGAGAUGAGUGGACCAGAACAGACUCAUCUAGAGAGGAGUGGACCAGAACAGACUCAUCUAGAGAGGAGUGGACCAGAACAGACUCAUCUAGAGAGGAGUGGACCAGAACAGACUCAUCUAGAGAGGAGUGGACCAGAACAGACUCAUCUAGAGAGGAGUGGACCAGAACAGACUCAUCUAGAGAGGAGUGGACCAGAACAGACUCAUCUAGAGAGGAGUGGACCAGAACAGACUCAUCUAGAGAGGAGUGGACCAGAACAGACUCGUGGUUUGUGUUUUGGAGACAUUUUAUUAAUUCAAUGAAUAAUCUUUUUAUAGCUAGAUCUUAAACUAGUU